AUGGCGCCGAGCAAGCUUCGGCAGGCGGUGGGCGCGGCCAAGGACCAAACGAUCAUCGCCCUCGCUAGGGCGAGCGCCGCGGACGAGGUGGCCUCGGACGUCGAGGCGUCCAUCGUGAGGGCCACGGCGCACGGCGAGACCACCCCCGCAGACGAGCGCCACGCCGCGGAGAUCCUGACGCUGACGCGCUACUCCCGCGCGCGCGUGGCCGCGUGCGUGGCCUCCGUGUCGCGCCGGCUCGGGCGGGCGCGGACGUGGCCCGUCGCCGUCAAGGCGCUGGCGCUCGUGCACUGCCUGCUCGCGGAGGGGGACCCGGCGUACGAGCAGGAGGUGUUCCUCGCCACGCGCCGCGGCAGGCGCAUGCUCGACGUGCCCCGGUUCCGCGACCGCGAACGCGCGCGGUCCCGCGACUGGGACUACGCCGCGUUCGUGCGCGCCUACGCCGCGUACCUCGACGACCGGCUCAAGCAACGGAUGCAGGCCCGCGGAGCAGGCGCGGGCGCGGCCAGCCCGGGCAAAUGGCACGUCGACGGUGACACCGACAGGACGACGUACGAGGUGCCCGAGGCCUGGGAGCUCGUGCCGCCGGGGGAAAGGCCGCUGACCGAGGCGACGACGACAGAGGAUGUCAUCGCGAAGGCGCAGCAGCUGAAGCACCUCCUCGGCCGGUUCAUCGAGUGCCGGCCGACGGGGAAAGCGAGGAUGAACCCGGUGGUCACCGCUGCGCUGUACAGGCUGGUGAAGGAGAGUGCGGCGAUGUACUGCGAGCUCACGGAGGUGAUGGUCGUGCUCGUGGACCGCUUCGCCGAGCUGGGCACUCCCGCCUGCGUGCGCGUCCACUCCAUCUUCACCAGCCUCGCAAAGAUGGUCGACGAGCUCGACGACUUCUACUCGUGGUGCAAGGCCACCGACGUCUGCCGCCCGUCGGACGUCCCCGAGAUACAACGCGUCCGGCAGAAGAAUCUGGACCUCAUGGACGAGUUCAUCCGCGACAGGCAUGUGUCGGCGUCCCAGUGGGGCCGCUCGCCGCCUACCCCUCCGAAAGAGCAUCAGGUUGUUGCGCGAGAGGAGAACAAUGCCGGCAAGGCGGCGCCGGCGGAACUUGCUAGCUCACUCGUCGUGGUCGACGACAAGACGGCCGACUUUUUAAAUUUGGACGAAGACGCGUCGCCGCCAUCCGGCGAAGAGCAUGGGAGGAAUCUGACACUGGCAUUGUUCGACGGUAACUCAGCAGAAGCUGCGCCGAAAUGGGUGGCGUUCGACGAUUCAGAAGCAGACUGGGAAACGGCACUGGUGCAGUCCACAAGCAUGCCGGCUGCUCCACUUGGUGCGACGGUCCUUGCGCUGCCGCCACCGCCUGGGGCCAGCACCGCCGCCGCUGCCGCCGCAAGGGCUGAUCCAUUCGCCGCGUCCCUGGCGGUGCCUCCGCCGAUAUGUGUUCAGAUGACGGACUUGCAGACAAGGCAUCGGCUCCUUAUGCAGGAGCAGAACGCAUGGCACCAGAAUGUAACGCAUAUGGCAGACUGGAGUUACAAUGUGCUGUGAGGUCGUACUGUUUUCAGUGUUUUGGCCUUUUGGGUGUCAAGAGUGUUAACAAAAUCUCAAUGUUGAACACAGUUGUAAAGAUUUCGAAGUUUUCAGUUGUAAAAAAGAAGAUUUCGAAGAUUGCUUAGUUGCUUGCUAGUUACUACUGAUACGGUUUUGGGAGUAUAGUUGAUUUGUGCCGUACUGGAAUACUGCAAGAUUGCAGCAUGGUUAUACUUAUAUACAGUAGUAGUGUACUGGAAUACGUGUCGGAUCUACGUUUUAGUUUAGCAGUGGUUGUGCCGAAACAAAAUGAAGAAGG